UCCAAAAUGGCGGUCACAGUGGCCGUUUUAUUUUUAGUGUAUUUGUUUAAUUUAUCAUCUGGAUAUGUAUUAAUGGAUGAUGAUGAUAACCUGGACGAGGUACUGACGCUGCCGUCAGAGUACAGCAUCAACGCGGAAAGGAUUGAUCUGAUAGCCGACUUGAAACUGCCUAUGAAGCUGUGGUACAGCACCGAAUUCAAUAGAUCCAGGGUAGACGUGUACGACGGAAUGGUGAAGCGCUACUAUUAUUGGGGCGAAGAUGGAGCCACUGGCACCGAUGGAACUAUAUACAUGGCCUACCCUAAGUGGACCGAGAAGGAGGGACACACGGUAUUCUGCUCCAAAAUAGACAUGGACCAAGAAUCAACCAACGACGCUUUUCCCACUGAAGAAGAAUACGUUUAUGCAGGUAAAAGCUACCACGAGGGUCGGAAGGUGGACGUGUGGAAGUUCAGGGAGGAAGAUGGGGACACACGCACCGAACUCGUGCUUUACAGCUACAGGACGGAGCGAGGCGAAGAUGUUCCCGUACAAGUGGAGAAGCAAGAGUUCAACACGAUGCUGGGGUCACUAGAGAAACACGUGAUCUUCAACUACGACCAAUUUAACCCCCUCUUCUGCGAGGAGGACGUUGACGCCGAGAAAGAGACAUCAUGUGAAUGGACUCCUGAUGACUUCGAUGGGCACAUGAAGAUGUUGCAUCCAGCUUUCCAUGGCGACCUUGACAAAGCAUUCAACAGCUUCAAAAAGCACCAUGACAGAAACUAUCAGGACAAGAAAGAACAUGACUUGCGAAGAGAUAUUUUCCACAAGAAUUGGAAGUUCGUCGUAGACCACAACCGUCAAAACCUGGGCUUCAAAUUAGCCCUGAAUCACCUUUCGGACCUCACACCAGCCGAACGAAAGCACAUGAGUGGCGGCAGACGGUCUAAAAACCCGUCUGCUACAAUCCCCUUUCCUCACAGCGAGAGACAAGUUGGGGACAUCAUGGCUCAGAUACCGGAGGAGUAUGAUAUGAGACUGGAAGGGAUCAUAUCGCCUGUCAAAAACCAAGAUAAAUGCGGAUCUUGCUGGACCUUCGCGACCGCGGCGGCAGUCGAAGGGGCGCUGGCGAGACUUGAUGGACGUAUUCUAGACCUCAGCGAGCAGUCUAUCGUCGACUGCAGUUGGGAGGGUGAAAACGAAGGGUGCAAUGGCGGGUUCCCGAAGGAAGCCCUGAAGCACAUUAUGAAGCACGGGAUCCCACUAGAGGAGGACUAUGGCGGUUAUCUGAACGAGAACGGCUACUGUCACCUCGAGAACGUGACUGAAGUGUUCAAAAUCCGCGGUUUCACCAUGGUAACGCCACUGAGCGUGAGCGCAAUGAAAGUGGCACUGUACAAGUACGGACCUGUCAUCGUCACCAUACAGAACAACGAGGCUUUCAACUUCUACCAUAGUGGCGUGUUCUAUGACCAUACAUGUGUGAAUGACUACGUAGGCCACGCCGUAACCAUCGUCGGCUACGGCUCGAGAGAUGGCGCUGACUACUGGAUCGUGAAGAACUCGUUCGGCCAGCAGUGGGGGCAGGACGGAUAUAUGCUGCUGUCCUCUUUGCACAAUAACUGCUUCGUGCUCAAUGAGCCGUAUUACCCUGUAGUUUAAGUUAUUGUUUUAAAAUGUGUUGUAAGAUUAACAUAGAAUAUAUCCACGUGCAAAUUA